AUGCUUAGCGGACCACCGAGGAUCAUUCCACUCGUCUCCCUCUUCGUCGCCGUCUGCCUCGUCUGGUGGUAUCUCCACACGGUGCCCGGCGCAGGCUCGUCGAUUCCAACAUGGAAAUCUGGCGCCUCCACAAACCAACAUCGGCCCUCAUUGCGCGGCGACCCACUCGACUUUGGCCUGCCGCUGCGCUUCAGCGACGGCGAGAAGAAGCCACCCGGCAGCAACUACACAUUCAAGAUUGUCGUGCCCAAGACACAGAAGGAGGACAUUAGCUGGAUGGCCGCUGAGAUACCUGAUGCACCGCUCGUCGUCUACGAAGUCGACAACCCCAAUGCCGAGCACAAGAUCCCCAAGAACAAGGGCCGUGAGGCUAUGGUCUACCUCUCCUACAUCAUCGACCACUACGACGACCUCCCCGAUACUUCCAUCUUCAUGCACGCCCACCGUCACGCCUGGCACAACAACAUGCUCCUGGGCCUCGACGCCGCACAGAUGAUCAAGCGCCUCAACCACGAGCGCGUCGCACGAAUGGGCUACAUGAACGUCCGCUGCCACCACGACCCGGGCUGCCCGGACUGGAUCCACAUGGACCGCCCCGGCGGCGACUUUGACUUCUUCCACAAGCCCGAGGAGAUCUACUGGCGGCGCAACAUCUGGGAGGAGAUCCACCCUGGUGCUCCCAUCCCGCCUUCAAUUUCCGGCAUCUGCUGCGCGCAAUUCGCCGUGUCGCGGCAGCGCAUACAGGAAGUGCCCAUUGAGCGCUUUAUCCACUACCGCAAGUGGCUCCUCACAACGGGCAUGGACGACCAGUUUUCCGGCCGCAUCUUCGAGUAUAUAUGGCAUUACAUCUUCACAGGGCAUGAAGUGCAUUGUCCGGCCAUGAACACGUGUUACUGCGACGGCUACGGCAUCUGUUUUGGCGGCCAGGACAAAUUCAACGAUUACUUCAAGAAACAAGACGCACGAAAUGAAAAAUUCACAGAACUAGACAAGUUCAACAAAAGGGAGGAAGAGGCGAAGAAGAAUGGCGAGGAUCCCGCGUUUACCCAAGAGGAGAUUGCGAAGAUUACUGCGCUGAGGACUGAGAUCUCGGCCCAGGACCGCGAACUGGAUACCCUAAGAGAGGACGCGAAGAAGAGAGGUGAAGAUCCCAAGGCGAGGAAAGAGGAGACGGAAUCUUGGGAUUCGAGUCAUAUUUGGGAUUAUGCGCCAAAACAUGAUUAG